AUGGUGAAGCUAGGAAAAACGAGCAAGAGGCAACCCCUUAAGCAGAAAUAUGCCAUCACAAAGAAAGUCGCGGCGCACAAGAAGAAGCUAAAAAAAAUUAUUAAAAAAACGAAAAUCCAUAACAGGAGGAGCACUAAAAAAUCUAUGAAAAUCCCAGAAUGUAUUUUUAAAAAGGAGAUCCUAACUAAUAUAAAGUUAAUUUCUUCGAAGAAAAGGAACAAAAGUAACGCUGAUGAUGACACAUGCAAGGAAGUCAAGUUGGAGCAACACGAUGACUGCACGCUGCAGAAUAUGAUGUUUCAGUUGGACAUUUCCUCGGAGGGGGUCUCUCACGGGGAACUAAUCAACAUUCCUUGCGGCGCACUUCUAAAUGUCCCCGCGGAUGGUAGCACUGUGGACGGUAGCACAACAUGUGGAAGCGCACCUGUAGGAGAAGCCAACCCAGGCGUGACCCCCCUUUACAACUAUUUCGAUCUAAACUUCGCGGCAAAGAUGCACUUGUUCGAAAAGGCGAAGGAAGAAAGGUACCCCUCACUGAACGAAAAGUACCUACACGUGGAUAACCUCCUAGAAAUCAUACGAAAUUGUGAUGCCCUGUUUUACAUCAUCGACGUUAGGAACCCGCUAGUGUAUCUAGAGGAAGAUAUUAUAAGCUUCAUCAAGCUGUGCAAAAAGGAAGUCAUCUUAAUUUUAAAUAAAUGUGAUUUGGUGGAGGUGCCUCUACUCCAGCAGUGGCUACAUUUCUUUCGCAACUCAUUUCUAACCAUCCCGUUUAUAUGUUAUGAGAGGCAAAAUAUGAGCUAUUUAGUCGUAGGAGGAAAUAAUGCAGCCCCCAAAUUGGCACCGAGCCGUUCAAAUAAUGUUCCAAAGGAUAGUACCAACUAUAAGGUAACUGUAAGGUCACUUUUGAAAAGCUUGUUUAACACGGAUAGGAAAAUUACCUACGGGGUGGUUGGACACACGUACACAGGAAGAAUCAGCUUCACGCAGUCUGUCCUGAGCGCUUUCGGCUGCUCAAACCGUUUGAACAAAACAACAGUUAUUAACCUUGAGGAGAAUAUCAAUUUGAAUACCAAAUGUGGCAUCAUUUUAAGGAAAGACCUUCAGGGUAUUGGCCUUAUUAAAAGACUACAUGUGCUCAGCAACAAAGAAAGGUUAACUUUUUUAAGCCAAUUUCUGCUUAAUUUAACGGGGAAAAAUUUAUUAAAAAUGGUAUCCCUCAUAAAUAUGGAAGAAAUUGCCUACGAAUAUAGAAGCCAUUUUGGCAAAAAUAGGGAUAAGUUGGAAAAAUUGGAAAAAAAAAAAGAAAUCAUUAACUUAAUUUUGUUAAAGGAUCCAAAGGAAGAGCCUGAAAAUAAAAAUAUCAAUUUUAAAAAUAUGACCAAAUUGUAUAAUAAACUUUUUUUAAACAAAAUUGCCUAUUACGUUAUCCCCAAGACGAAGUUGACCCUUUCACCAGAAAGGACUAGUGACAGUGUGGGCCACUUCUCCAGCGCCGCUUUGGACGUUUACCCCAAAAUUGAUGAUUUUGUAUUUUCCCAGGAGAGAAAAUUUGGCGAUUUUAUUAUUAUAAAAAGUGACCAGAUGAGGUGCCAACCGUAG